CACUGCCACUCUGCACUGUUUGAGGAAUUCCGUGACUGGCAGAGAUACUUUUCAGUAUCGCCUUUAAGAGUCGCCCGCAGUACUGCUUGGACCCCAGGAUGGGAAAAAAAUGCAGAACCUCCUGGCUAGCGUCAUGUUUGAAGUCCAAAGCAGGGCAGACCUAAACACCAUCAACUUCAGUCUCCUCUUGUCAAGUUUUCUGACUCGACAACAAAAUGGCUUCCAGACAGGGACACAUUCCAGCGCUGGAGUCUGGCAUGUCAUCAGGAAUAUCUAGUGGCCUAUCGUCUCCCAUUGGAAUGACCAGACGAACUUUCAGCUAUGAUGAGAACCUGGAUGCCCCAAUGCACUCACCACCCGCAGACUUUAAUGUCAACAUCUUAUGGAAAGACCCUGUCAUCCCCCACCGCAGAUUCAACAGUAUUGCUGAGGAGGAUGAGAGUGGUGGGAAACUACUGACUUUUGAGGCAGCUCCAGCAGCCAUGUCCCCUGUCCCUGUGGUGAAAGCCAAAGCCACUUCUCUGAUGAACUCACUCAUGAUCAAACAAACCCAGGAGAGCCUACAGAAGUUUGAGCACCAUGCAGGGCUGACAGAUGCAGGGUAUUCUCCCCACAAGGGGCUCUCUGCUGAGGAGACCCGAUUUCACCGCCUGUCUGAUGGCACACUACCGAAGUUGAGGAUGCCAGCCGGGGACUUCAAGGAGGACAGGCUUUCAACAUCGGCUCACUCCACCCCUUGUGGCACCCCUUCAGUCACCCCCAGUGUCACCCCCUCUGUCACCCCCUGCGUCAGUCCCCACGCAUCACCUUCAGUCAAUCGCAGGAGCUGGUUCAACCUGAGUCCUGCAUCCUUUCUUUCCAACCCGGAGCUCAGCAGUCCCAACCACAGUGUAGAGAUGGGAGGAAAUGAGGGAGGAGGAGGAGGAGAUAGAUGGAGCUUCUUCGGAACAAGGUCUGUGGUGCAGAAGUCCCCCACAGACCCUGGCUCUGAAAGCAGCCCAGGCUUCACACUGCAGUCAUACUUUGGCCUCCAGAAGUCCACCACCAUGGAGGGCAUCAAGACUCAGGUCGGCCUCAAGGUGGAUGACCCUGCAAACCUCAUGCCCCCCAAGAUUGAGAUCUCGGGCAUUGAGGCCAAACAUGCAUCUCAAAGGCCACACAAACUCAAACCCCGAGACAUGAAUGUCUUGACGCCAUCGGGUUUCUGAUGCUAACUAAACCACCAAGUAACCCCCACCAGUCCACACUAUAUACUCUUUUCCUGGAUGUCUCCAACUCUGCCACCCAGCAGCCCUGCCCUCCUUCCUCUCCCCUCUCUCCUCUGCCUCCAGCCCCCCUCCCAGGGACAGACAAGACCAAUCAAAGCGCCAGUUCUCUCUUGCCCCUGAAGAUGUCACUACACCACAUCCCUCCAAAAAAAUUUGGGCACAACGGAAGCACCAACUCAAGCAUUUUACUUAUUUUCUUUUACCGUCUCUCAAGAGGGUACUGCCUUUUCUGUAUGUUUGUGGUUCUGUAUGUUUUACUUCUCUGAAAUGCCUUGUCUCUGUUUCAUCAUCGGUGAUGGCAUGAGAUUGAUGUUGUUCUGUAGCCCCGUGGCCCUUUUUGUAACUUUGUCAUGUGAUCACAGCAAAACCAUCUCUCACUAAAAUCUGAUUUAAAUUGCCAGCCUUUUCAAAUUUAUUGCGCUCUGCUCCUGCAGUAGUAUUUCACCUAACUGCACACUUUUGUAUUUAUAUAGUGCUUUCAUUUUGUAUAUUGCUUCUACUUGAGUCUUUUUUUUUUCUUUGAAAGAAAACAGUGUGAUGUGGCGAAAUUGGAAUUGGUUCAUAUUUGGCAUUUUUCCACCUCAACUAACUAUUUGUUAUUUGAAAGACAAAUUGAUUCAUUGAUUUUAUUUUAUAUUGAUAGGAAACUGGGGUUUUUUUUUUUUUUUUUUUUACUAACCUGAAGCUUUUUUUCCCAUUAUUGUUUUUUACUAUUUCAACAUCAGUAUCAUGUUCUUAUACUUUGAACCAGCAAUGUUGCUCAUUCUGAAUUUUAGCUGAUAUAUGAACUUUAUUAUAUUUCUAUAUUGCAUCACUCAUGUUUCAAUAUUAUAUUAUAAAAAGCAAAUGCAUCUAAGUGGUCAUUUUACAUUUUGUUCAAUCUGCUAUUUUAGGUUCCAUGCCGUUUUAUUUGAAAAUUUGGAUGAAUCUUGAUUUGUAAUUGCACAAGGGAGUUUGUCUCCCACUGACAUCAUCUGUAAAUAUAUCUGAUACCAACAAGCAAAAA